UGGGCCUCCCAAAGUGCUGGGGUGACAAGUGUGAGCCCCCACACCUGGUCCCGAUUUGAGUUUUCUUUUAUGUUUGUGAACCCAGGUGGGACACCUCGGGCAGGUGCAGAGAAUCUGACCUGCUGGGUUCAUGAUGUGGAUUUCAUGAGCUGCAGCUGGGUGGCAGGCCCCGCGGCCCCCGCUGACAUCCAGUACGACCUGUACUUGAACAAUCCCAACAGCCACGAACAGCACAGGUGUCUUCACUACAAAACGGAUGCUCGGGGAACACAGAUCGGGUGUCGGUUCGAUGACAUCGCUCGACUCUCCCGCGGUUCUCGAAGUUCCCACAUCCUGGUGAGGGGCAGGAGCGCAGCCGUCAGUAUCCCCUGCACAGAUAAGUUUGUCUUCUUUUCACAGAUUGAGAAAUUAACUCCACCCAACAUGGGACCUGUGAGAGUGUAAUGAGGACACUAUUCCUUCAUGCACUGGAAGAUGAGAAGUCAUUUCAAUCAAUUUCGCUAUGAGCUUCGGAUCCAAAAAAGAAUGCAGCCUGUAAGGACAGAACAGGUCAGAGACACAACCUCCUUCCAGCUACCCAAUCCUGGAACGUACACAGUGCAAAUAAGAGCCCGGGAAACAGUGUAUGAAUUCUUGAGUGCCUGGAGCACCCCCCAGCGUUUCGGAGAGGAGAUUCACUCCCCCAGUUUGUGACCUGCAAAAGGAGCCUGAACCUGAUGGUGACCUCACACCUUAAUCUUAUUCACGAGAGGAGACGUGGAGGGGAAACAAGGUCAUCCCACUGACAGACACCCCCUGGGCCUUGGAAUAACACCGAGGCGGGCGGAUCACCAGGUCAGGAGAUCGAGACCAUCCUGGCUAACAGGGUGAAACCCCGUCUCUA